UCAUCCAAACAUGGAUACCGACGACGUUGUCGAGGUUGCUGCUCCGGUCGCUUGCUCUCGGAAACUGCGGAAGAACAAACAGGUGAUUUUGCAGGAUGUGAUUGAAAUUGACAAAGAUGAUUCUGCUGCUGCAAUAUUUAUUCAUGAGAAAUUUGACAGAACUAUCAAAGGAAAGGCAGUGAAAAGCUCUUCAGACGGUCACCAUAUUUAUCAAUCAGAGGAAGCUGUCCUCCAUACUUCUCUUGGUUCCUCCGGUAUGCAAACCUUUGGAUCAGUCAAUGGGAUCGAAAUUACUAAGGAUGUCGCCCCAGCAUCAAAUCACUUUAUUGACUUAGAUGGUCCCAAUUCUGAUGCAUCUGCUGAUGAUGUUGAUGACUAUACUGAUACUAGUUUUGAAGAGUUUGACUAUGCUUUCUUGCAAUCCCAUUUCGAUAAUGUGGGUAUCCCUCCUGGAAUAGAGGCACCUGUCCCACAUAUUCCUUGGUUGUUAAAUCCUCCUAAAACUAAUGUAAGUUCGGUUUCUGGAAGUAGUUCUGUUGAUACAAGGUGUCAAAUGAAAUCAGAUUAUGUUGGCAGCCAUGGACAUGAGCUGUAUCCUUGGGAUCCUUUUAGUUUUGACUUUAAGCCAGCUGCUAUAGGCAGUUCAAGCUUGAAGACCCCAGCAGAUGGAAUCAGUCACCCAAAGGGAUGGUAUCAGUCAUCUUGGAAACUUCCAAAAGCUGCUAGAAGCAGAAAGAAACACUCUGCUCCACAUCCCCAAGGUAGUGCUCCUAGUCUCCCAGUUGGAGCAGAACCAUCAAAAUCUCGAAGGUUCUUAGGAGCUUUGCAACGUAAAAAAAAGCUAUUUUCUUCAAGUAGUUCAGCUAAAUAUGAUGCAAUGAAGUUCAAUACUGGAGCUGAGACAUCUUUGUUCGGACAUUUACCCAACAUUGCAAUUGAUCCUUUCGGAAUACAGUCGCCCACUGCCUGGUUGUCAGAUUCUUUGUUCCCAACUAGUGCUAAACCACAUCAUUCAAGUUUCUACAGUCCAACUGGUUCCAUAUAUCCUCCUCCUGGAGGAUUAGCAGGUGUCCCUUGGGUUAAGGGUGUUUCCCAAGCUCAUCAAAAUGUCACUGCUGCAAGUCUUUCAACUACCCCUGCUAGACAAUUGACUACCCAGGAAAUAGAUGUGAUUAUGCAGAAGUACAAGGGUUUUAAACAAUUUGAUACAGUUGAAGAUUAUUCUGACCAUCAUUAUACUCUUGCUGGUACACUCAAUGGUAAUUCCAUGACUCAGCCACCAAAGAACUGGGCAAAGAGAAUUCAGGAAGAGUGGAAGAGCCUGGAGAAAGAUCUGCCUGAAACAGUAUUUGUUAGAGUUUAUGAGACAAGGAUGGAUCUAUUGAGAGCUGUAAUUGUUGGAGCUGAGGGUACUCCUUACCAUGAUGGUCUCUUUUUCUUUGAUGUUUCCUUCCCCAGUGGUUACCCCAGUGUGCCGCCGCAUGUCUACUACCACUCUGGUGGCCUUCGACUAAAUCCUAAUUUGUAUGCUUGUGGGAAAGUAUGCCUCAGCCUUCUCAACACCUGGUCUGGGAGCUCUAAAGAGAUGUGGAUCCCGGGUGUUUCCACCAUUCUACAAGUUUUAGUGUCAAUACAAGGGCUGAUCUUGAAUACAAAGCCCUACUUUAAUGAGCCUGGAUAUGCAUCUAUGAAUGGUUCAGCAGCUGGUGAAACGAGGUCGCUGCAAUAUAAUGAGGAUACUUUCCUCCUAUCUUUAACAACUAUGGUAUACAUGAUGAGGAGGCCUCCCAAGCAUUUUGAGGAUUUUGUUGUGGGGCAUUUCCGGAAUCGUGCUCAUGACAUUUUGGUGGCAUGUAAAGCAUACAUGGAUGGCGCUCAAGUUGGAUGUCUGGUCAAAGGUGGGGUUCAGGAUGUUGAUGAGGGAGAUAAGAGUUGUUCUCAGCGGUUUAAGGAUUCUUUAGCAGGGCACAUGCCGAUGCUUGUCAAAGAGUUUAUGCAGAUAGGUGUCAAGGAUUGCGAGAAAUAUUUGUCACCAGCUGUAAAUGGGAACGAGGAGAUUGGUAGUAUGCCUCAGGCUGCAACAUCAAUGGUUUCUUGUUAGAAAAAAAAAAACGAAUGAUUUGACAACUAAUUGAACAUCUCAUCCAUCUGAGAGGUGCUGACUUUGGUCACUUCUUAUAAAACUUCGACUCUUUGGCAUCCCCUCCCUGAACCUUCUUAGCGAUUAGGACCAUAGGACCGACAGGUUUCCUACCAGAAUAGGACGGAUAGGUAAAUUUCAGAUUUUGAUGUUCCCUUGGUAGGUUUGUGAACUGACAACAAUAUGAAAGUAAUUUAUGCUGCUUCAAGAGGCACUAGAAAUUUCAUAGCAGUUGCAGUUCCAUGCGUAUAUAUGUUUUCUAAGGGUUUUCUUUGAUGCCGUUACGGAUGGGAUUGCUUAAAGAAACGAUGUUUCAGUUUCAGAAACCUCAUGAUUGUCAUAAAGUUGCAACCAUUAAAGUUUCACAUCAAUCGGCUAUGUGGGGAUGUCUCUAGUUGAAUAAAUAGAGGUUCUUGAGUUGAACAUAGCCUCAUGAGCAAAUUAUGAUUAGUCAUUUCUAAGGUAUUGUGUAUUCUGCAACUCUUUGGGAAUCAUUCGAAAAUAUAGUUUGGUAAUACAGAGUCAAAAGCU